CCCCUCCACUUCCUUCCUCUUCUCUGCUACACAGGGAGCCCAGGAGAUCUCUACCUCAAAGAUGUCACUGCUGCUGCUGCUGCCCCUGCUGUGGGCAGGGGCCCUGGCUAAGGAUUCAGGAUUCUGGCUGAAAGUGCAAGAUUCAGUGACAGUGCAGGAGGGUUUGUGCGUCCUCGUGCCCUGCACUUUCUCCCUCCCACCCCACUACCUCAGGAAUAACCCAGUUCAUGGUUACUGGUUCCGGAAAGGAGCCACUGUAUCCCUGGACUCUCCAGUGGCCACAAACAACCCAGAUCGAGAAGUACAGGAGGAGACCCAGGGCCGAUUCCGCCUUCUCGGGGAUCCCAGGAAGAACAACUGCUCCCUGCGCAUUGUAGAUGCCAGGAGGAGGGACAAUGGUUCAUACUUCUUUUGGAUAGAGAUGGGAAGUACCAAAUACAGUUACACAUCCACCCAGCUCUCUGUGCAUAUG